GACAACCAGCAGAGUUCUGUUAGUUGACAGGAAGAUAGACUGGUAUCUGUUACCAGGACAACCAGCAGAGUUCUGUUAGUUGACAGGAAGAUAGACUGGUAUCUGUUACCAGGACAACCAGCAGAGUUCUGUUAGUUGACAGGAAGAUAGACUGGUAUCUGUUACCAGGACAACCAGCAGAGUUCUGUUAGUUGACAGGAAGAUAGACUGGUGGAUAUGGAUGUUAUGAAUAUCAUAACACUGAAAAAGGAUUCUGCCAAUGAAAAGAGAGAAACCAAUAGACCAUAUAAAACCUUGAUGAAAGUUCGUUUUGGAGAGAAAGUUUCAAUGAUCCGUUGUAAGGUGCUUGUUUUACAAAAACUUUUCCUUAAAACAUUAUGGAUGUUACAUUGCCUGUCCCAGUCAACCCCCCUAUCUUUACAAGACUGUAGAACAGGCAAACUAAACUCCAGACACUGGUAAUUAAUUAACUAAUACUGGAGGAAAGCUGUGAUCAGGCUGCCCACUCAAGAGAAAGCUUCAAACUGUAACCAGUGCCUGCAACCUUGAUCAGGUUAUCAAUCAACCUACCAGGGUAGUUACAAACAGUAGAGGAAUGAAAUCAUCAACAUAUUUUGAUCAUAUCUUUACUAAUGCUGCAGAAAUUUGUUUGAAAGCAGUAUCCAGAUUCUUUGGAUGUAGUGAUCACAAUAUAGUAGCCAUGUCUAGGAAAACCACAGUUCCAAAAGGCUGGGCCUAAUGUGCUAUUUAAGAGGUCAUACAAAUGUUUGUAGUGAUUCCUAUGUUGUUGAUGUUGUUAGGUUAUUUUUUUUCACAGUAAAUAACUCACGGACACUAGAGAAGCUUUAACCAAGUUUAAUUAUUCCCAAAGGUUCUGUACAUCUGUAAUUCAGACAACCCAACAUUUGUUCCAUCCAGAUAUACAGUGGGGCAAAAAUGUAUUUAGUCAGCCACCAAUUGUGCAAGUUCUCCCACUUAAAAAGAUGAGAGAGGUCUGUAAUUUUCAUCAUAGGUACACUUCAACUAUGACAGACAAAAUGAGAAAAAAAAUCCAGAAAAUCACAUUGUAGGAUUUUUCAUGAAUUUAUUUGCAAAUUAUGGUGGAAAAUAAGUAUUUGGUCAAUAACAAAAGUUUAUCUCAAUACUUUGUUAUAUACCCUUUGUUGGCAAUGACAGAGGUCAAACGUUUUCUGUAAGUCUUCACAAGGUUCAUUGGUGGCUGACUAAAUACUUUUUUGCCCCACGUUAUGUCUCAAGUAAGACAUUCCUCCUUCUCUCCAAUCCUUACAUCUUAUGGUUCCACAGGAAGAGAGUAAAGAGGGUAACAGGAUACCACACCUUUGUCUCCCUGAUGAGAAUCUGUCCUGACCUCAACCCCUCCUUCAUCUAAUCCACAGAUGUCCAUCUGUCUCCCCUGUUUCACACUUUGCUUUCCUCUCGUCCACCCAACACAUAGAUAAUGUGUUACUGGUGUAGAGAAGAGUAGGAUUGGUUAACACUGCUCUACACUCUCCUAGAUAAUGUGUUACUGGUGUAGAGAGGAGUAGGAUUGGUUAACACUGCUCUACACUCUCCUAGAUAAUGUGUUACUGGUGUAGAGAAGAGUAGGAUUGGUUAACACUGCUCUACAUUCUCUUAGAUAAUGUGUUACUGGUGUAGAGAGGAGUAGGAUUGGUUAACACUGCUCUACACUCUCCUAGAUAAUGUGUUACUGGUGUAGAGAGGAGUAGAAAGGAUGCAGUCUCAGGUUUGGAAAGACUGAAUUUAUUUCAGCACCAACAGAUCAAAGCGGAACAAAACCCAAACGUGGUUGUGCUCAAAUUAGAUCUUCAUUAACAAAAAGGCACAGGGUGAACUAUAUAAAGUACUCAGGAAAUAGGAGUAGGAGAGAUUCCUCUCAGGAAAACAAGUAACAUUUACAAAUGACCGACAAAAAGACAAAAUGUCAGAGGGAGUGUAUAUAUACAGUGAUAGAGGGGCGAUUGGAACCAGGUGCGUGUAAUGAUGACGAGACAAGUCCGGGGGUUGAUGAGUGAAGGGCGUUUGACAGCGGUAGGUUCGGCAGCAGCUAGAAGGCCGGGGGUUGAUGAGUGAAGGGCGUUUGACAGCAGUAGGUUCGGCAGCAGCUAGAAGGCCGGGGGUUGAUGAGUGAAGGGCGUUUGACAGCAGUAGGUUCGGCAGCAGCUAGAAGGCCGGGGGUUGAUGAGUGAAGGGCGUUUGACAGCAGUAGGUUCGGCAGCAGCUAGAAGGCCGGGGGUUGAUGAGUGAAGGGCGUUUGACAGCAGUAGGUUCGGCAGCAGCUAGAAGGCCGGGGGUUGAUGAGUGAAGGGCGUUUGACAGCAGUAGGUUCGGCAGCAGCUAGAAGGCCGGGGGUUGAUGAGUGAAGGGCGUUUGACAGCAGUUUGUUCGGCAGCAGCUAGAUGGCCGGCAACGCUGAACGCCUGAGCUGGACAGGAGGGGGAGCCAAAGCGAAGUCUGGUGUGACAUAAUGAGAGAAAAUCAAUAGAAUAUUUAAUAUAUUUUCUCAAAUUCCGUUUUCUCCGUUUAGUUAUUUUCCAGGUUUCUGAUAUUGUCUCUGUUUUUCAGUUUUUCGCUCUCAAAAUCACAUUGUUAAUAGAAAAACAACAAAAGGAGACCACUUUUGUCGUCCGAGAAAAAUCUAAGACAUUUUCAUUUUUGGGUGUAGAUACCCUUUAAUUCAAGUGGCACCAGCAAGAGCCUUGCUUGGUUAGUGGUGUCUCUGUAGCACACAUGUGAUUGCAGAGUUUGCUGAACAAAUCACAACUGGAUUGAUGCAAAUAAUCAUGAUAUCAUUCUGCCAGGUAGGCAUAGACUACUUUGUAGUUGACAUUUAAUUGACAAGGUUUGUGGGAAAACUUUUCCAUCAACCAGAAGAUGGUUGUCAUUAGCAUCAUCGCUAACAGCUACACAUAGUGGUAGACAAAUGCACUCAGACAGGGGCAUUUCCUGACUGUUUCCUCUUCAGAAAGUUGAAGGAAAAUACAAAUCACUGAGGUGAAUUUAAAAACGACUUGCAGGCAGUGGGUUAAAAAUAACUAUGACAAAAAAUGAAUACAAAUUAUACCACCACCCAAAAGGGCACUUUAGAGACAGGAAGGGUAAAGGGGCAUGUGCUCUACACAGGUAGAGUCCUAUCUGUCCAUGUUGCCUUUUGCAAAGUGGGCACUGCUUUAUGUGCUAACACCAACACUCACCUAAAUAUCCCAUAUGCCACUGGGUGGGAGAAGUUUUCAUUGUUUUUGGGCAGAAUUAUGUGAGGUGUUGUUAGCGAUGAGCCUUGGUCAAUUUGACGAGGAUGGCAUAUUCCAAGCUAAUGUCGCCCUCUUCAAUCUGUCACCUAAUCCUCUUCAAUCUGUCACCUAAUGGGCAGGUCAGCCCUGGAGGAAAGUUUUGGCUCUAAGAAGUAAGAUAACAUAACAUCUGGUUGUUUUUAAAUUACUUUUUUUGACAUUGCUUUAUUUUUGUUCCAAUCUGUGUUACCCACUCCAGUCAGCAGAUGGCAAUGUGAGUUUUUCAGGUAAUGCUUCUUGCGUGACGUAUAAUUUAAUGGACGGGGCGGGAGGCUUCUUCAACAGCGACAAAAGGCCUCUGAUUCAACCAACGCGGUGGUUUGCUAGCGAACAUAAAACCGGAGCAUUUAAGCUCUUUAGACUAAUCUUGUGUAUAUUAAUCUUGGUGUUUAGAACACAAUUCUGUUUACGUAUCUACUAGUUCAUUUUAACGUAAUUUGCUUCUUAAAUUAGCGAAUGUGUUAACUUCAUACCGCACUAGGCUAAUCGCCCAGAGCAUGAGCUCACUAAACUAGACGGAGAAAAUAAGUUCUGGUGAAAGGAGAGGAAGAAGCUUCAGAAUGAAAAUGGAGGAAGAUGCCGUAACAUUGAAGGAGGAGAAAGUAGUGAAAGGAGAGGAAGAACCUUUUGGAGUAAAAGAGGAAGAGGAGGCUAUCUCAAUAAAAGAGGAGGAAGACGUUUUGGAAGUGAAAAGGGAGGAGGAGGAGUCAGAAUAUCCGAUUACCAUCAGAGAGAGAUGUGACUAUCAUGGAUUCUCUGGGGAGCCUCAACAACAUCCUGAUGCUGACGAGGCAGAGAAGAGUCUCUCCAGAACAGAACACCAGAUGGACAACGCUAGCCCUUCCUCCCUCCCGGAGUCCCCGUGUCGUGCCUCUCCCGGUAGCGCCUUACUGCUGGGUAUGAAGAGGUUGUCUGUGCUGCUGGUGGACUGCAGGAAAACAACAGGGCUGAGUGGAACUGUGAGAGGAGGAGAAGAGAAGAAAGGAUCAGAUUUGACACAUCAAAGAGAACGACCAGACUCAGAGGAACCAGAGCCAGGGACAUCCAAACCAGCAAGACGACACCAGUGCUCCCACUGUAGAAAGAGUUGUAACCGGUUAUGGGACCUGAAACAACAUGAGAGAAUACACACAGGGGAGAAGCCUUACCACUGCUCACAGUGUGGAAAGUGUUUCAAAAUGUCACGGGACCUGAAACGACAUGAGAGAAUACACACGGGAGAGAAGCCUUACCACUGCUCCCAGUGUGGAAAGUGUUUCAAACAGCCAGGGCAUCUGAAACAGCACGAGAGAAUACACACAGGGGAGAAGCCUUACCACUGCUCCCAGUGUGGAAAGUGUUUCAAACAGUCAGGGGAGCUGAAACAACAUGAGAGAAUACACACAGGGGAGAAGCCUUACCACUGCUCCCAGUGUGGAACGUGUUUCAAAAUGUCACGGAACCUGAAACGACAUGAGAGAAUACACACGGGAGAGAAGCCUUACCACUGCUCCCAAUGUGGAAAGUGUUUCAACUGGUCAGGGGAGCUGAAACGACAUGAGAGAAUACACACCGGGGAGAAGCCUUACCACUGUUCCCAGUGUGGAAAGUGUUUCAACCAGUCAGGGGAGCUGAAACAACAUGAGAGAAUACACACAUGGGAGAAGCCUUACCACUGCUCCCAGUGUGGAAAGUGUUUCAAAAUGUCACGGGACCUGAAACGACACGAGAGAAUACACACGGGAGAGAAGCCUUACCACUGCUCCCAACGUGGAAAGUGUUUCAACCGGUCAGGGGAGCUGAAACAACAUGAGAGAAUACACACAGGGGAGAAGCCUUACCACUGCUCCCAAUGUGGAAAGUGUUUCAACUGUUUAGGGGAGCUGAAACGACAUGAGAGAAUACACACCGGGGAGAAGCCUUACCACUGCUCCCAGUGUGGAAAGUGUUUCAGCCAGUCGGGGGGGCUGAAACAACAUGAGAGAAUACACACCGGGGAGAAGCCUUACCACUGCUCCCAGUGUGGAAAGUGUUUCCGCCAGUCAGGGGAGCUGAAACAACAUGAGAGAAUACACACGGGAGAGAAGCCUUACCACUGCUCCCAGUGUGGGAAGUGUUUCAAACAGGCAGGGCAUCUGAAACGGCACGAGAGAAUACACACAGGGGAGAAGCCUUACCACUGCUCCCAGUGUGGAAAGUGUUUCAACCAGUCAUGGGAGCUGAAAGGACAUGAGAGAAUACACACAGGGGAGAAGCCUUACCACUCCUCCCAGGGUGCAAAGCUUUUGCCCAUUUAGGAAGCCUGAAAUAACACAUUAGACUGCACACAGAGCGGAGAAUGCUUACAAAAGCCCAGACUUAGGGAAAAUAUAUCACUCAUAACAGUCUUUUAAACGUCAUUAGAGAAUCCACACAGGAGAGAGAAAUUACUUCUCUUAGCGUGUAUACUGAUAUUUCACAUCACAUUGACUUAAUAUUCAUCAGAGUACAUACACAGUGCUCCCAUUGUCUUAUAUUGUUGACUGAUAAUGUGUUUACUUGUUUUUACCAUAUGAAAUUAAAUGGUACAAGGUAUACUCAAACAUAUAUUUGUUUGUUUUUAUUAGAAAACAUGAAUUUAAUAUGGAGUAUGUCACUUUGAAUAUAAAGUAGAUCAGAUUCCAUGUGUUUAAAUGGUCCUUUUUAAAACUCUUUGUGUGUGUUUAUCUGGGUGUGUCAUUCCUCCAGCACUACAGAUAAUACAGUGAUAUUUGGAUGUGAUGCAUUUGUUCCAUUGUUUACAUUUGCAUUGUUGGCCCACUGAUGAUUUAAUGAAAUUCAAAUAUUCAGACUGUAACGGAAAAUGUUAAUUGUAUGUGUGUCCACAUAAGUGAUUAUGUGACUAACCUUGUGAAACUGUCCUAUUUUAAUCUCCUGUUCUUGGGACCAUCAUUAUGUGUUGCAAACCAGCUGCACCUGCGUCCUUGUAUGAAUAAAGUCCCUCCCAGGAACAGGAAACUAUAAAGAUAUGUGCUCAUCACCCAAUGCUUUGGGAAUUCAGACUGUCUACACUGCGGUGUGUAACUCUGUUAUUCUCUCUGAGCUCAGAAAUAAAGAAUCUUGGUUUGA